GAGAGGAGGUGUGUGGGGGGGACUCAAAGUCUUCGGCCUUCAUCUUCCUCCUAUAUAAUGCAGCCUGUAGCUAUGAAGGCCACACCUCUAGCCAGAUGAGUGCGGUUCUGUGUAUUAUGUCCUACAGUUGACUUCUGCUAUAAUGUCGCUGUUUGAUUUACUGCGGGUACCACUAUUACUUGGUGCACAAAACACUUUUACAAGUUUUUUUUUUUCUUUUUCUUUUUUUCCGGAGCUGGGGACUGAACCCAGGGCCUUAUGCUUGCUAGGCAAGCGCUCUACCGCUGAGCUAAAUCCCCAACCCAUUUACAAGCUUUUUAAUUAACAAAACAAAAAGGAUCUUUCAGAGAAACCUCUUUAGAUUCCAGAUUGAGAAAUCCUGGGGGAAGAUCUUGAGACCUUUGGUUAUCCUGUUGCACAUAAAAUGUGUUUGCAGUUUGUUGAUGGAGUCCGUCAGCAUUUGCCUGACUUUCUAUCUGAAUCUGGCCCAAGUUAGGUGAAUUGGUCAUUAGCCGCGAGCAUGCGUGCUGUACCUGCACACACACGCGCGCGCACACACACACGCACGCACACACACGCACACACACACACACACACACACACCCUGGCAGAUCUUGAGCAUGCGUGCUGUACCUGCACACACACACACACACACACACACACACACACACACACACACACACACACACACACACACUGGCAGAUCUUGAGCAUGCGUGCUGUACCUGCACACACACACACACGCACGCACGCACGCACGCACGCACGCACGCACUCGCGCGCACGCACGCGAGCACGUGCGUGCGCUUGUUUUGAUAUGCCUUGACUGGCUCAAAGGCUGGGCAGUUCUAGUCCUCCCCAUGGUUAGCAUGUUUUUCCUUCUGUUCUUCCUGGCUCAAAUCUAUGUUUUAUCUUUGCUGCCCUGUUGCCUUCUGGGCAGCCUCUCCCACAGGGCCACUGUCCACAUACGUUUUGGAUGAGUUUUCUCCUGCAGCUCUAAAUCUGAUCCUUCUCCUUAGAGUCAUGGUGAUUCUCCUCCUUCCUUUCUUUCUCCCUCCUCCACCCCUCCAACCCGCCCCCCCACCCAACACAGCCACCAAUCAUUGGCUCUUUAUUGAUCAAUCAAAAAUCAACUGGGGGCAGGGACUUUCAUGUUUGGACUGUGGAUUCCUGAUUUUGGAGGCUGAAUUAAUUCAAAGCAUUAGAACCAGCGCCUAACAGUUAGGCAUGUAUACACAGUAUGCUUACACAUGAGAACAUGCAUGUUUACAUGAAUGCAUACCACACACACACGUAAAAAAGAAUUCAGUGCUUACUUUGAGAUUUCAUCUCUCUCCAGACAAAUAGCUAUCGUCAAGAAAAGAGACACCAGGCUGGGAAGUUGGCUCAGUGGGUAGAGAAGCUUUCUGCCAAGCCUGAAAGUCUGAGCUUGAUCCCUAGAAUGCGUGGUCAAAGUUGUCUUCUGCCGUUUACGCACUUGCUGUGGCAUACUCCUCCUUCAAUAAAUAAGUAAACUUUUAGUUUUUAAAAAGGCGAUUUUUAUUUUUAUGUGUACAGCUGUUGAGCCUGCAUGUGUAUCUGUGUACCAUGCACAUGCAAGACCAUGCAGGAGAGCCUCCCAAAGCCAGAGAGGGCAGCAUGAGCACAGGAACUGGAGUUACAGUUGGCUACGACUUCAUUCUGGUUCUCUUGAAGAGCAACAGCUCUGCUGACUGCUGAGCCAGCUCUCGAGCUCCAGGGAAUGACUGUUAAAAAAGAAAAUAGACAAGAAAUACUGGUGAGGAUGUGUGGAAAGACACACAUUCGCUGCUGGUGAGAGUGAAAACUAGUCCCCCCAUUAUGGAAGUAAAGAGACAUUUUCUCAUUAUUAAAAAUGAACUGUUGUAUGACCAAGAUGUUCCUCUCCUGGGAACAAGCACUGAGACACCCACACGUCCUUGUUCAUUGAUCUGUUAGCCACAGUAGCAGGACAGUGGGAUCAGCCUAGGUGCCCACUAGCAGAUGAAUAGAUAGUGAAUGUUUAUUAUCAAAUAUUAUUCAGCUGUGAAAAAUAAAAAUGAAAUUCAAAGGAAAUGGAUGGAUCUAGAAAAUAUUUAAACAUUUCUUAAUAUGUAAGGGUCCGAAGUUCACUGAAGGAAGCCCCCAGACUCAGUACGCAAAAACAGAGUAUUUAUUCUGCAGAAACACGUAGCAUGCUAGGGUUACCACGGUUUGUUCAGAAUGGCAACACCUGAAGAGACACUGGAGCUCAUUUUAUAACAGUACAGCUUAAUUGCUUCUGAGACAACAACAGGCUUCUAAGUGGUUACAAAAACCAUUAUCAGCAUCGAUGGUCAUAAAGAAGGUGUACUCCACAGGACCAGAGGUGCAAAGCCAGGAGAUAAGGUACUGACUAGGUUAUCCAUACAAAACACAAGGAGGACUCAGUUUUAAACCUUCCACGACCCUGUGAGCUAGUAGUAUAUGCGUGUAGGCAUUCUCUGUUAUAACUUCUUAUUCAAUAUGUGACUGAAUUUAUAUGAGCAAACUUGCAGUGAGCUUUUUGCUGAGUGAACACACACCUCAGAGUUUUACACCGAGAACAAAGGGCAGACAUAAGGCUGCUCUCUCUAGCCUCCGCGGUGUCACUUUGAGGUGUUUACCAAGGCUGCAGCUUUCCAUCCUCAGUCAGGAAGGUCAGCCGCAGAGUACCUUAGUGAGUGACUUGUGGUCUAACUCCUGGGUGGAGAUAAAAUGGGGUAUGAAAAGUAAAGCUCUCAAAUUUUAUGUGUAUGAGUUUUUGCCUGCAAAUAUGUCUGCGUACCAUGUGUGUGCCUGGCACUUGUGGAAGUCAGAAGAGGGUGUUGGAUCCUUGACCUGGAGUAUAGAUAAUUGUGUGCUGAGAACUCAGUCUUCAGCAAGAGCAAGUUGUCUUAGCUACUGAGCCAUUUCUUUAGUCCCAUAUCUGCAAUGUAUCGUGAAAAUCCAACUCAGAAGGGCAAAGAUAGCAUGUCCUUUUACAUAUAGAAAUGCUAGCUUUGUGUGUGUGUGUGUGUGUGUGUGUGUGUGUGCGCGCGCGUGCUAGCAUAAGCCAUGAAACUAGAAAGGAGAUGCCAGGUGAGUGCUGAGGAGAUGAGGGAGACGGGCACUAAGACACACGAGGGUAGACGGAGGCUAUGGAAGGUACAAGGGGUGUGCUCAGGUUGCUGGGGAGAAAGGACAGGGAAGAGAGUCAACAAAACCAAAGUUUGUUUGAAAAUGCCAGAAUGAAACCUAAUGCUGUGCAUGCUAAUUGGAAAGUUUUAAGGGGUUGGGGAUUUAGCUCAGUGGUAGAGCGCUUGCCUAGGAAGCGCAAGGCCCUGGGUUCAGUCCCCAGCUCCGAAAAAAAGAACCAAAAAAAAAAAAGUUUUAAAAUAAAAAUAAAUAGUUAUUCCAUUUGGGUCUCUGUAGCAAACUCCCAUAAACUGGGUAGCUUUUAACUGGCAUUCAUUUUUGCUCAUAGUUUGGAGGCUGGGAAAUUCACAAGGCAUUGACAGUGUCUAUAGUUGGUGAAUGGACAAGCUACCCAGUUUAUAUGUUUAAAUUAUAUAUACUCUAUAUCUUAAAAUAUGUAAUUAAAUAUAAGUAAGCGUAUUAAUUAUAUAUUUAAAUGUAUAUUAAGAAUCCUAACUGCUGUACUUGAGGGCUUUACUCUCAUGACAGUUUGUUUCAGAAGGCUGUUUCCCCAUUGCUGUCACGUUGGUGGUUAAGAGGUUACUUUGAGUUCUGGAGCUAACACCACCACUCAGGCCAUAGCAGCAUGCAGUUUGCUGGGAGUGUGUUGGGGUGGGGCGGGUGGGCCGGACCUCACUACGUAACGUAGGUUGGUCUUGAACUCAGAGUACUCGUCCUACUUCAGCCUUCCCAGUGCUGAGUGUACAAGUGUAAGCCAACAGGCUUGGCCUAGCCCUUGUUUACUGUUGAGAGUCAGUCUGCCUUACAGGGCAGAGAGUGUUCUAAAAACAGCAGGCAAGCACUCCGUGUGUCCUCAGGUCUAGGUGACUGGUGAUAUUAAAUAGGACCCUUGAGAUGGGCUCCACUGAAAAACAAGAUCCGAGCAGACAGCUGUGAUCUGUGUGCUGGGAGGAACAGUUUAAGCAAGGGUACCAAGGUAGGACUGCACCUGGUGUGCAGCGGGGAAGCCAGGCAGCUCUCAGCCAACGUCCCUGCAGUGAGCGGAGUUGUGUAGGGAAGAAGCAAGGAAGGGAAUGGCUGGGGAUAGUCCUUAGGCACUCUGGCAUGAAAACUUCUGUAGGGCUUUGAGCCCAGUGAUGGCAGGUUCUUAGGCGGUCGCCCAUUCCCCUCCAGGGCUUUGGAAGUGUCCCUUUAGGGUGUGGUAGUGAGAAUAAACUGCAGCUGGAGUGUAGAGAGGAGACUAGUGGUGGCGGGACAUGGGAUGACUGGAGUUUGGAUGUGCACACAGUAUUACUAUUUUUUGCUAACAUGUUCUCUACAGUAUAUACGGGUCAGUGGACAGCUGAAGUAAGGGCUCCCCUUACCAUGUGGACCCUGGAUGGUAGACUCAGGUUAUCAGGAGCGGUUGUGGAUGCCUUUGUGUAUUGAGCCAUCUUCUGUGCCCUCUGUAGAAUUACCUUACUUUUCCUAUAAGUUGGAUAUGGGAAAAGGGAAAGGAGAGAGGAAGGGCGAUGCCAAAGUUCAGGGCGGAGCAGGUGGACAAGAGUCGGGUAGUUUACAGCAGGCAAAGGUGGGAAUGAAGGUUGGUGUUCUGUUGCCUGAUCCUAAUGCCACGUGAGAUGUUUAGCUCUGAAGCUAGGUUACGUUACCAAGUCUAGGUUGGAGGAGGGCAGAAACACCCAAGUCCCGUGCUUCCAGUAAAGGCUAGGCAGAAGACCAGAGUGUGGUAGAGUGCUUCGGUGAGGGCCAUAUCCUGUGUCAUGAGCCGUGAGGGACAAGCUGACUGACUGGGAAUUACUAGUUGUGUUUAGUGGUAAUGACAAGACCUGUGUUGGUAGGUGUGGCAAAGGAGUGGGAUUGCAGAAAGCAUCAUGGAAUCGUUCUACCCAAGACAGAAGUAACAAGACGUUAUGGCGGUGAGAAGAAAAGGUCUGUCUCUAGUCUUUCUGACCCCGAUCUGUGAAGACCCCGAGCCCAGUCCGCAGUAAGCGUGAGAUGUGGAGUGCACACCUGAAGCCAGCUCCUGGGUGAGCCGGGAGGUUGGCGUCCAGGCCAUCCGCACUGGUGUGUAGGAGCUUCCUCUCGGGAUAGAGACCAGAGUUGUGUUUUCGUGUGGAAAUACACGUCUACCAGUUUGGCGCUACUAUGUAAUCAGUGGUCACCUUGUCGUGGAAAGCUGUGGUUGGCUUGAGAAUUAAUGAGGCAUAGCAGCACUGUCUCAGAAGAAAUCGAAGUACUGAUUGUAGGAGCAGCCUUUCAUAGGAGUGAUAAAACCAUCACGAAAAAACAACUUAAGGGAGAAGAUUAUCUGCAAUGCUGGAAUGAAGUAACUCAAGAUGAGCAAGCUAAAAGUGGUAGGAGAGAAAAGCCUUACCAAUAGUUCUCGGGUUGUGGGGCUCUUGGCUCAGCUGGAGAAGAUCAAUACGGAUUCCACAGAGUCAGACACUGCCAGACAUGUCACAUCCAAAAUUCUUCAUUUGGCUCAAAGUCAAGAAAAAACAAGGAGGGAAAUGACAACCAAAGGUUCUACAGGCAUGGAAGUUCUGUUGUCAACAUUGGAGAACACGAAAGAUCUUCAGACUGUACUUAAUAUCCUGAGCAUUCUCAUCGAGCUGGUGUCCUCCGGUGGAGGCCGAAGAGCGAGUUUCUUAGUUGCCAAAGGUGGUUCACAGAUUCUGUUGCAACUGCUCAUGAACGCCAGCAAAGACUCUCCCCCACACGAGGAGGUGAUGGUGCAGACUCACUCCAUUCUUGCCAAGAUUGGACCAAAAGAUAAAAAAUUUGGAGUGAAAGCCAGAGUAAAUGGGGCCCUGAAUAUAACUCUGAACCUGGUCAAGCAGCACUUUCAGAACUACCGCCUGGUUCUGCCUUGUCUUCAGCUGUUACGAGUGUAUUCUACCAACUCUGUGAACUCAGUAUCUUUAGGUAAGAAUGGAGUUGUGGAGCUGAUGUUUAAGAUCAUCGGACCAUUCAGUAAGAAGAAUUCGGGUCUCAUGAAGGUUGCUUUAGACACUCUUGCUGCAUUGCUAAAAUCAAAGACAAAUGCCAGGCGUGCCGUAGACAGAGGCUAUGUUCAAGUGCUUUUAACCAUUUAUGUAGAUUGGCAUCGACACGAUAACCGGCACAGAAACAUGCUCAUUCGGAAGGGGAUUCUACAGAGCUUAAAAAGUGUCACGAACAUCAAAUUGGGAAGAAAAGCAUUUAUUGAUGCAAAUGGGAUGAGAAUUCUGUAUAACACCUCACAAGAGUGCUUGGCGGUCAGGACUCUGGACCCUCUUGUCAACACAUCCAGUCUGAUAAUGAGGAAAUGUUUCCCCAAAAACCGCCUUCCACUCCCCACCAUUAAAAGUUCUUUCCACUUCCAGUUGCCAAUUAUCCCUGUGACUGGACCUGUGGCCCAGCUCUACAACCUGCCGCCCGAAGUGGACGACGUGGUGGACGAGAGUGACGACAACGAUGACAUUGAUUUAGAAGCUGAAAAUGAAGUCGAGAAUGAAGAUGACCUAGAUCAAAGUUUUAAGAAUGAUGAUAUUGAAACAGAUAUUAAUAAAUUAAGACCCCAGCAAGUACCAGGACGAACAAUAGAAGAACUAAAAAUGUAUGAGCACCUUUUCCCUGAGCUUGUUGAUGAUUUUCAGGACUAUGAAUUAAUCGCUAAAGAACCCAAACCUUUUGUGUUUGAGGGGAAAGUUCGGGGCCCGAUUGUAGUUCCCACAGCUGGAGAGGAAGUGCCUGGGAAUCCAGGUAACGUAAGGAAAGGAGCUGCAGUGAAGGAGAAAGCGAGUCCUAAAGGAGAGGAAGUCAAGGAAGAUGCCAAGGGCCAUGACAAAACACCGCCGUGGCAGCUGGGUGGCCAGAACAGAGCGGCCGCUUCAGCCCACAGCUCCAACAACGAUCUUGUGAAGGCCUUAGACCGAAUCACACUGCAGAGUACCCCUUCACAAGUAGCCGCGGGCUUGACUGCAGGAAUGAGGAAGGACUACGGCCUCCCUCUCACUGUCCUCUCAUGCACGAAAGCGUGUCCUCACGUGGCUAAGUGCACAAGUGCCCUUUUCGAAGGGCGGACAGUACAUCUUGGUAAACUGUGUUGUACUGGAGUUGAAACGGAAGAUGAUGAAGACUUUGAGUCCCACUCAUCAGCAGAGCAGGUCUCCUCUGUUGAAGCCUCUGAUGGACCACCAACACUGCAUGACCCAGACCUCUACAUCGAGAUUGUGAAAAAUACAAAGUCUGUUCCCGAGUACUCAGAGGUGGCCUAUCCUGAUUAUUUUGGACACAUUCCACCUCCCUUCAAAGAGCCUAUUUUAGAAAGGCCUUAUGGUGUACAAAGGACAAAAAUUGCCCAAGAUAUCGAGAGGCUGAUACACCAGAAUGAUAUCAUUGACCGGGUGGUGUAUGACUUAGAUAACCCUAACUAUACCACUCCAGAAGAAGGAGAUAUUUUGAAGUUUAACUCAAAAUUUGAAUCUGGGAAUCUGCGCAAAGUAAUUCAAAUUAGAAAAAGCGAGUAUGACCUCAUUCUGAACUCUGACAUAAACAGUAACCAUUACCAUCAGUGGUUCUACUUUGAAGUCAGUGGGAUGCGGCCGGGUGUGGCAUACAGGUUCAACAUCAUCAACUGUGAGAAGUCCAACAGCCAGUUUAACUACGGUAUGCAGCCACUUAUGUAUUCAGUUCAGGAAGCACUAAAUGCCAGGCCGUGGUGGAUCCGUAUGGGUACUGACAUUUGUUACUACAAAAAUCACUUCUCGAGAAGUUCCGUGGCUGCGGGUGGACAGAAGGGGAAGUCCUACUACACGAUCACCUUCACCGUGGUCUUCCCGCAUAAAGAUGACGUGUGCUACUUUGCCUAUCACUACCCAUACACAUACUCUACUCUGCAGAUGCAUCUUCAAAAAUUGGAGUCAGCGCACAAUCCUCAGCAAAUCUACUUUCGAAAAGAUGUGUUGUGUGAGACCUUGUCUGGGAACAGCUGUCCUUUGGUGACCAUAACAGCAAUGCCAGAGUCCAGUUACUAUGAGCAUAUCUGUCAAUUCAGAACUCGCCCUUACAUUUUCUUGUCUGCUCGGGUGCAUCCUGGAGAAACCAAUGCAAGCUGGGUCAUGAAAGGAACGCUGGAGUACCUCAUGAGCAAUAGCCCGACCGCCCAGAGCUUGCGGGAGGCUUACAUUUUUAAAAUUGUUCCCAUGCUCAAUCCAGACGGUGUCAUCAAUGGAAAUCACCGCUGCUCCUUAAGUGGAGAGGAUUUGAACAGACAGUGGCAAAGUCCAAACCCAGAGUUACACCCCACGAUUUACCAUGCGAAGGGGCUACUCCAGUACCUGGCUGCAGUGAAGCGCUUACCUCUGGUUUACUGUGAUUACCAUGGCCACUCUCGGAAAAAGAAUGUGUUCAUGUAUGGCUGCAGCAUCAAAGAGACAGUGUGGCACACCCAUGACAACGCGGCCUCCUGCGAUGUUGUGGAAGACAUGGGAUACAGGACUUUGCCUAAGAUCCUGAGCCACAUCGCUCCGGCCUUCUGCAUGAGCAGCUGUAGCUUUGUGGUGGAAAAAUCCAAAGAGUCCACAGCUCGGGUUGUUGUGUGGCGGGAAAUUGGAGUUCAAAGGAGCUAUACCAUGGAGAGUACUUUAUGUGGCUGCGAUCAGGGUAGAUACAAGGGUUUACAGAUUGGGACUCGAGAACUGGAAGAAAUGGGAGCAAAAUUUUGUGUUGGUUUAUUGCGUUUGAAAAGACUGACUUCUCCAUUGGAGUACAAUCUACCCUCCAACCUGCUUGACUUUGAAAAUGACUUAAUUGAAUCAAGCUGUAAAGUAACUAGCCCCACUACUUACGUUUUGGAUGAAGAUGAACCUCGGUUCCUUGAAGAAGUUGAUUACAGUGCAGAAAGCAAUGACGAGUUAGAGGUUGAAUUAGCGGAGAAUACAGGCGAUUAUGAGCCUUCUGCCCAAGACGAAGCCCUUUCCGACUCUGAGGUAUCAAGAACACACCCUAUUUGAACUUUCUUCCACCUUUGUUAAUUGCCAAGAAGAAAUGAAAUGUCUUGGUUUUCGUUGCACAGGAAGUAUGAGAGGGACAAGCAUUCAGACAGCUGACUCAAGACGAAAAGGACCUUGGGCCUGUUUGGUUUCAAGACAAUAAAUAUAUUAUUAAUUGAUAUUAUUGGCAUUUGUUUUAUUUUAGAUAUUCAAUGUACUUUAUAUAACAUUGAAUUAUCAGAUGAUAGAAGUAUCAUUGCAUGAAUUUUAUCUCCUGUGGCACCUGCAUCAAGCAGACAAACUCAGUGUGUCCGAGUAAAAAUCUAAAUUAUAUGGAGUGAAAAUCGUUCUCUACAUGGAUUUCUCCGAAUGUGUUUGUGUGGAGGUGGGGAGAUACUCAAGCUAACUGCUCUUCAGAAGCAUGUGAACUGUGUAUGGUGGCUGAACUAACCCAAAAUUUGCCUCGAAUCCAUCCCAUUCUACAUUUAUCAAGUUAAAUAAAACUGUAUCAGACUCUG